UCACACAUAGCCAAACACAAGCAAGUGUCGGCAACAAGCUAAACACAAGCAGCAACAGCAAUGGCAGCAGCAGCCACCACCAAGAACGUCAUGGUGCUCCUCCUCCUAGCACUCCUCCCUCUCGCCACACUCUCCUCCCGCGCCGGCCCAUCAUCGGCUUACAAAAGCCACGGCCACAGCCACAGGUCAUCGCCGUCGGCCAAGCACCCACCGCCGUCUCCUUCUCCUCCGUCCUCACCACCUUCUGCUCCCUCGCCUGCUCCGGCGGCGACCGCCGCGCUAGUGCGCGCGACCUGCAACUCCACGGCGUACUACGACCUGUGCGUGUCCGCGCUGGGCGCGGACCCGUCCAGCGCCACGGCCGACGUGCGGGGCCUGUCGGCCAUCGCGGUCUCGGUCGCGGCGGCCAACGCCUCGGGCGGCGCGGCGACCGCCGCGGCGCUGGCGGCGAACGGCACCGCCCCGACGGGCACCGCCGCCGCUGCUUCCAGUUCCACGGUCGUCGACGGCACCGUGCAGGCGCUGCUCCACGCCUGCGCGGCCAAGUACGCCAGCGCCCGCGACGCGCUGGCCGCCGCCGGAGACUCCAUCGCGCUCGAGGACUACGACUUCGCGUCCGUGCACGUCAGCGCCGCCGCCGAGUACCCGCAGGUGUGCCGCACGCUGUUCCGGCGGCAGAGGCCAGGACAGUACCCCGCGGAGCUCGCCGCCAGGGAGGAGACGCUGAAACAGCUCUGCUCCGUCGCGCUCGACAUCAUCGGGCUGCUCUCAAACAGCAGCUAGCCAAGCUACCCUGAGCUAUAUAUUCCCAUGCAUACAUCCACACUUGCUUGAUGAAUUCUUUCUUUCAUGUCCCUCGGAUACAUAUAUUAAAUUAAAUGUAUAACAACGUGUAACAACUUAAUUAGCUAAUAACGUGAUCCUUCAUCCUACGUGUACGUAUGUUGUCUCUUGGUUUUGUUUUGGUAGUAAAUACUACUAGUAGCUAGUAAUCCACUUGCUUCAUGACCUGUGUACGUACUCCAAUGUUAAUCUGAGUGGUUAGAAGAUUUCAUUGCAAUACAUGAUCGAGUUAUUAGCUUGAAGAAAGGUGUAGUGUGUUUUAGAAGGAAAAAACAAUACGAGUUUUGCUUUA